CUGAAAUGCGAAUGUGACUUUACAUCAUCCGGGGCUAUAACUUCGUCUAGGCUAUAUGCCGAUGGUCAGGCAAUUUUACGUAUAUUUGGUUUGUCCUGGAGAUGAUAUCGGAUAUGUAAUACUGCAUGCAGGAUGUGAUUUCUGUUCAGGAGAAGGAAACUCUUGCAGUGAGCGUCAUGUGAGUUGAUGUUGGUUUCCUGUGACUUUCAUCAUUGGCAAUAGACCCAGUGCCGAGGGCAGGUUUAUUAUGGGAAAGAUUAGCAAGAUUCUAGUGUGUGGCCAGACAGGGGUGGGCAAAACAGCCACGAUUGAACAGCUGAUAUAUGGAAACCAUAUAAGUGGGACGCCCAUGCCAUCCACCAUAGAGGAUAUCUAUACCGCCAUGAUUGAGUCUGACAGAGGAGUGAAGGAGAAAGUGUGGAUAUUUGACACAGCAGGACUGGACAAUAACAGACCAGACCUACAGAGGAAUUAUCUGACCUUUCCAGAUGGCUUUGUUCUUAUCUAUGAUGUUACCAACUGGGAAUCCUUCAAAAAGUUGGAUAAAGUCAAGCGGGAUAUUGAUAAGAGUAGAGACAAACGAGAGGUCCAUGUGAUAGUCAUAGGGAACAAGAGUGAACUCCAGGAGACAAGACAGGUGGAUUUUAGCAUGGCACAGAUGUGGGCAUCUAGAGAAAAAGUACGACUUUGGGAAGCUUCUGUGUCUAAUCGUCAGUCUCUGGUAGAGCCCUUUGUUUGGCUGACAUCAAGAAUCACACAGCCACCAAGUAAAUCUGGUUUUCCUUUACCUGGCAGAAAAGCUAAAGGAGAUCGGAGUAGCACAACAGAUUGAACUGAUCAUCUUCUCUUUUCUUAUGCUGUGAUGUUGUACAGAACAACAGGCAUUCUUCAACAUUAAACUAUUGAAAGUUGUCUCAACAAAUAGAGAUUAUCUCCCCUGUAUAUAAAUUGGCUGCGUGUGUCUCGUGGUCAGAGAAGACCGUAAAUAUUUGGACGCACUGUUCUGAUAUCAGUCACUUCAGAUAGUCAGUUUGUAACUAUUUCAGUGGAUCUUUCAUGUGGCCACUUUGUGAUCAUCUUACCAUGCUGGUUCUGGAGGGUAAUUUGGUGGACUCAUUUUUACCCUUCAGACAAUUUCUGAAUAAAUGAUUUCUACUCAUACAUGUUAUAAACAAGAUUGGCAAUGGAGACUCUGUGAGUAGAACUGCUGAAAGAAUGUCAGAGAAUGUUGUGGCAAAAAUAACUUCUUUGUUGUUGAACUGUUUGGAGAAAUUUCACUUGUCACAUGGA